AUGAAGAGGGCAAAGCUUGAUAAAACACAUAAUAAGACAAAGGCAAAGCUUGAUAAAACAGAUACACAUUCUGCUGUUGUAGCUCCUCAGGAUGUUGAACUUGAAGAAGAAGCUGAUGACAUUGAUGUUGUGGAGGUAGAUGUUAAAGUAGAGGGUGAAGAAGAUCAUGUAAAAAUGGAAAGGGAAAGGUGGUCUGAGGUAUGGAAGUAUUAUACCAGACUUCCAAUUGGUACAGAUGGUAGGGAAAGGGCUGAAUGUGAUAGGUGCAAAAAAAGAUACAUUUGUGAAACAAUAAAUGGGACAGGUAGCUUGAGAAAUCACAUUCCAAAGUGUCCAAGAAUGGACAAUAGUGACAUAACACAAUUCAUUUUUGCAAAAUCAGGUGGUUCCAUUUCAAUAAAUUCCACAGUUUUUAAACCCGAAAGAUUUCGUGAACUUAUUAGUGAAGCUAUUGUCAAGCACGACCUUCCCUUUAAGUUUGUAGAGUAUGAGGGAAUUAGAGAAAUCUUUAGUUACUUAAAUGAAAAAGUUACCACAAUUACUAGAAACACUGCUAAAGAAGAUGUGUUGAAUUUGUUUAAAAGAGAAAAAGGAAAACUCAAGAAAUUGUUUGAGUUACUUCCUGGUCGGAUUUCAUUAACUGCUGAUUUGUGGUCUUCUAUUAACACAUACGAUAAUGCUGCAAGUAAUGAUACUUUUGUCAAUCUCCUAAAAGGUCAAUUAUGUAAUGAAGGUGCACUUCAUAGUAACGGGGAUUAUUUUCAUGUCCGAUGUUGUGCUCACGUGUUGAAUUUAGUUGUGCAAGAUGGCUUGAAGGCUAUUGAUGAAGGGAUUGUCAAAAUUAGAGAAUUUAUCAAGUACGUGAAGGGAUCCUCAAUAAGGAAAAGAAACUUUCUGAAUUGUGUGAAACAGGUUAAUUUGAAUCCAAAAAAAGGCUUACGACAAGAUGUUCCAACUAGAUGGAAUGCUACUUUUCUUAUGAUUGAAAGUGCUCUUUUUUAUCGUCGUGCUUUUUUCCGUUUAGCACUAAGUGAUUCUAAUUACUUAGAUUGUCCAAGUAAUGAAGAAUGGGGUAAAUUAGAAAAGAUUUUCAAAUUUUUGGAAGUAUUUUAUGAAGUCACAUGCAUUUUUUCUGGAAAUAAGUAUUGCACAGCAAACUUAUAUUUUCCUUCGGUUUCCACGGUUGAAAGAACUUUAAAAGAAGAAAUAGAAAGUUCGGAUACGUUUAUGAAGAUAAUGGCUUGCAAAAUGUAUGAGAAGUUCUCUAAAUAUUGGUCCGAGUAUAGUCCAAUUUUGGCCAUGGCUGCAGUUUUGGAUCCACGUUAUAAAAUGCAAUAUGUUGAGUUUACUUACAAAAAACUCUAUGGAAGCAGUUUUCGUGAGCAUAGUGAUUGUAUUCGGGAGAAGUUACAUUAUCUAUUUGGUGAAUACGUUAUUGAAUCACCCAUGUCUUAUAGAGCAUCAACCGUUUCAACAAGUGAUUCAAGUAACAGUGUUUACAAAAAGAAAGAUGACACGACACUUAGUAAAAGCACGAGAGAAAUGCUACAAGAGUUCACAGUGUAUGAAACUAAGGAGUUUGCUUUGUCUCAAAAAUCGCAAUUAGAGAUGUAUCUGGAUGAACCAAGAAGUGACAUAACUGAAGAUAUAAAUGUACUUUCUUUUUGGAAAGCUCAUCAAUAUCGUUAUCCGGAACUUGCUUCCAUGGCUCGAGAUAUUUUGAGCAUCCCCGUCUCCACGGUUGCAUCCGAAUCAGCAUUUAGUAAUGGUGGUUGUGUUCUUGAUCAAUAUCGGAGUUCGUUGAAACAUGAAAAUGUUGAAACUCUAAUUUGUGCAAAAGAUUGGUUGUUUGGGAUUAAAGGUGAUGAAGAGUUAUGUUUACAAGAUCUUACAGAAGAUGUUAUGAAGUUGGAUAGCAAUGCCAAUGAUACACAUGAAGAAAUGGAGUCACAAGCUUGA